AUGAACCGCAUGCUUGCGCACCCCUGGCACGACCUCUCGAUCGGGCCCGAGGCGCCCGCCAUCGUGAACUCGGUCGUGGAGAUCCCACGCGGCAGCAAGGUCAAGUACGAGCUGGACAAGGACUCGGGUCUGUUGUACGUCGACCGCAUCCUCGCGUCGUCCGUGGUAUACCCGCACAACUACGGAUUCGUCCCCCGCACUCUCUGCGAGGACAAUGACCCUCUCGACGUCCUGGUGCUCAUGCAGGAGCCCGUGGUGCCGAUGGCGUUCCUCCGCACGCGCCCGAUCGGCGUGAUGCACAUGCUGGACUGCGGCGAGGCCGACGACAAGCUGAUUGCGGUGCACGUCGACGAUCCGGAGUACAAGGACUUUAGCGACAUCAACCAGCUGCCGCCGCACCGCCUGAAGGAGAUCAAGCGGUUCUUCAUGGACUACAAGGCGAACGAAGCCAACAAGGAGGUCGCGGUCGAGGAGUUCGACGGCGCCGAGACCGCGCUCAAGGUCGUCAAGGACGCGAUGGACCUGUACGCGAAGAUGAUCGUCGAGAGGCUGCACUCAAACAAGUGA